ACCCCCCUCCAUUAGUGAGUGUUCAAUGGGAGAUCCAUUAAAAAUGUAAUUUUUGGCCCUUCUCCAUCCCGUUUGAACUCAGGUGCUCUAGCAUGAUCUGAGUUUGCAAUCAGCUAUGACCUCACAUCUUCUGCAACUUCUACUCACCCCAUCGUCGUCACUAUUCUACUCUACCCACAGAGCAAAGCACUCUUCCCGAAACGCCGCCUUCUCAUCCUUGCAUCUUUCGAGCUUAACAAGCAGCGGGAACAGCAGAACGUGCCGGGGUCGAAGGAGAAGAAGUAGCCUCGCUGUAGGAAGACCUAUUUAUGGGGAGGGGGGAGUCCGCACUUCUUCCUCAACCCUCACUGCCACCCAAGAGAAUGAAUCAUAUACUGAGGUUUUGGAAGACCCAGACCCCCAAGUCCUUGAAUACGUCUCCCAAAUCAAAAGAGUUCUGGAACUCCUCAGGAAGAAUAGAGAUAUGAUGUUCAGUGAGGUUAAGUUGACAAUAAUGAUUGAAGACCCCAGGGAUGUAGAGCGGCGGAGGCUACUAGGGAUUGAUGAAGAUGAUGCUCCAAGUAGAGAGGACUUGGCUUCUGCUCUAGAAGAAUUAAAUGAAGGCAAGAUACCUAAGGAUCACCUUGCUCUUCAGAUGCUGGCGGAAGAGUUGACUUCAUGGCCCAAUUUGGAGAAUGAGGCUACAAAGAAACAGAAGCCGGGCAGAUCUGUGUAUGCAAGAGCCACUGACACUGGUGUUGAUCCAAAAGCGGCUGCUGUUAAGAGGCUUACACUUGAUUGGGAUUCAGCAGCUGAAAUAGAGGGAGCAGAUGAGGAGGGUGAUAACACGGAAGUGCCUCCAGUUGUGGGAUUUGGAGCUCUGUACUUGGUAACUGCAUUUCCAAUAAUCAUUGGAGUCUCGGUAGUGUUGAUUUUGUUUUACAACUCCUUGCAGUAAACGGUGUCGAAUUCUCAUUGUACAUUCAUCUUCUCUAUCUAUCCAUCUAUGUAACUUAGUUUAAGACUUUCUUGUACAAACUACAAAGUAGCACAAUGUAAUGAUGUAUACAGGGACAUUAAAUUCCCACUUGAGCUUCUUCCCAUAAUCCCAUCUCUGCGUUUUUUGACUCUCUUUCAUUUUCAAUUGAUGAAAAUGCCAAUAUUAUGUGUUUGGUAACAA